GAGCAGCAGAGACGCCGAGCAUUGCCCUACUCUGUCGCCCAUAAAGCUUCACUGGUUCGCCUUGUUCCUUUGAGCAGCAGAGACGCCGAGCAUUGCCCUACUCUGUCGCCCAUAAAGCUUCACUGCUAGAAACUGCUAGAAGGGAGAACGAUGGCUUAUGCAAUGAAGCCGGCAAAGCCGGGUUUUGAGGAAUCUGAGCCGCAGCAGAUUCACAGGAUUAGGAUAACUCUGUCUUCAACGAAUGUGCAGAACCUCGAGAAAGUGUGUUCGGAUCUCGUUAAUGGCGCCAAGUCCAAGCAGCUCAAAGUGAAGGGACCAGUGAGAAUGCCCACCAAGGUUCUUCACAUCACCACUAGGAAGUCGCCUUGUGGUGAAGGGACUAACACAUGGGAUAGGUUUGAGCUUCGGGUUCACAAAAGAGUGAUCGAUCUCUUCAGCUCCCCGGAAGUCGUUAAGCAGAUUACAUCAAUCACUAUCGAGCCCGGAGUGGAGGUUGAAGUGACCAUUGCAGAUUCUUAACUGCAUUGAGAUCAGCAUCUCUUGGCAUUAAAUUUUUGGCUUGAACUGCACUCAAUUAUAGUCGAGGCAUGUCCUUUCAGGGUAGUACAGCUAUUUCCUUUCGAUAUAUCAGUUUAUAAUUUCCCCGGAUUUGUUGUCGAUCGCUCUUUGGCUAGAUUAGAGAGGGGGCUUCCAUUGCUUUUCUUGCGGCUUCCUGAUAGGAUACUUUGGGGACAUUAGGUUAUCUAUGGAAGAGAAGCUUCCAAUCGGCUAGAAUUGCACGUACUACUCGACUGAAUUAUCUCUAAAUGGUGAUGAAAUUGCUGUCGUGUUAGAGGCAUGGAAGGAGCUGGUCCACGAGCUUCGUGUUAUCGUGUGGGGAGAUCUUACUCAGAAUCGAGAAAACCCGAACUUAUCCUUC